AUGCCUCACCGCCGCAACUACGCCCACGUCGUGGACGUGCCAUUUUCCUUGUACUUGACGCGCUUCUUCCAGGCGCUUCUUGCUGGCUGCCUUUUGGGUCUCACGGCCUAUGCCAUUGCGUUCAAUGACUUUGCUUCCGUGCGAUUGUCGGUCUUUGCGUCGGCUUUUGCUCUAGCCAUCCUCGGCUACUAUCUCGUCGCCGUUCACGCCUUGCCCUUCAUCUACAACUGGCUUGCCAUCAUCAUCACCGAAUUUCUCAUCAUUGCCUUCUAUGCCGCCACUUUUAGCUCCCUUGCUGCUCUCUACACGGACGAGAAGUAUUCCGACUUCCUCUACAGCAAUGUCAUCAUUGCUAUUGUCGCCAUGAGCGCCUUUGCCUUCGUAACCCAUGUGAUCACCUUUUUGAUGCAUGCCGCCGGCGUGGUUAAGCAUCGCAAACAGGGCAAGCCACUCUUCAGUCCCCAGGGUAGACGCCCAACCAUUGACAUGAGCCAAGCUUAA